AUGAAGGUCUACGCCGCUCUCCUUGCUCUUACUGCCGCUCUGGCCAGCGCUUGCAACACCUGCAACGACUGCCCUGGUGACCAAGUUUGCAACCACUUUGGAGGAUUUGGAGUUACUCCCACUACUUUCUGUGUUGAGCCCAGCGACCCUAGCUGCAACGACCCCCGUGGCAACUGCGAUACCGCUGCCUGCAAUUAA